AUGCCAUCACACAACAUUGAUUUCAAAACUCCUCUCAAAGAGAUCCCAGAGGCAGAACUCAGGAGAACUCAGAAUAUGCCUCAUCAUGCCGGUGGCUUUGGUGAUGUCUGGCAAUGUAUCUGGUCAACCUCUUCCAGUAAGAGUCCCCCUGUCACAGUUGCAAUCAAGGCAGUGAGGGUCCUUGACAGCAGUGAAACGGCACUGUUGGCAAAGGCUGCACGGGAUCUACGGCGCGAGGCCCAUGUUUGGGCCAACUUGAAAGACGAUCACAUCCUCUCACUUCACGGAAUUACGACUGGUUUCAGCCACUUGCCAGCGUUUAUUUCGUCAUGGAUGACCAAAGGCUCUCUUGAUAGCUACCUGAAACAACAUAUUCCGCUUUCGACAUUCCAGAAGCUGGACAUGUCACGUCAGAUAGCAUCCGGUCUCAAGUAUUUGCAUGAAAAGGGCAUUGUCCAUGGCGAUUUGACGCCGAACAACGUACUCAUUAAUAGUGAUGACAAGCUUUGCCUUGCAGACUUCGGUCUCUCGGUGAUCCUUGCAGAAUCGGGAAACCCCACAUUCAACUCUUGCCACGGGGGUAACGUGCGUUGGAUGGCCCCCGAAAUGGUCGCUCUACCUGAUUUAGAACAAGAGGAAGGGACAAAGCCAAUAAAACCAACGAACUCAGCAGACGUAUAUUCUCACGGUUGUAUCGUGCUUCAGCUACUUUGUGGUCAACAACCUUACUACUCGCUGGUGCAAGCGUUUCACGUGAUAGCAGCGAUAUUGGGAGGAAGAAAGCCCUUCCGCCAGCUCACCGGCAUUGACGAAGGCCAUAAGCAGUAUUGGCUGCAAUGUCUGUCCACCAAUUCCAAUGCUCGACCUAAAGUCCAGGAAAUCGUAGCGUUCAUAGAAGCCGAGCUGCAGAAGCUUUAA